AUGAAGCGAAAAUCAUCUUUUGAUACCAUUGCGGACUCUUCAGAGUUAAGUUCAGGGUAUUCGAAGGGAAAAUUGAAAAACAAAAUGAGCGAAAAGGAAGAGGAGCAAAAUGAAAAGAAAGGGAUCAAUACGGAAUACGGUGGUAAAGAAAAAAAGAAAAAUGACAAAAAGAAAAAUGAGAGUAGCAAAGAUAAGAAGGGAUUGAAUAAUAAAAAACAAGUGAUAGAUAUGUACAAAAAUAAGUUUAAAUUUUUAGUAGAUAAUAUAAUUGUUAUAGGUAUAAUCUUAUCCUUUGUAAUAUUGAUAUCUUUUAAAUAUUUAGAAGAGAAAUAUUCUAUUGAAUCCUAUUUUGAAGAUGGUGAUAAUUUUGAUUAUUAUGAAGUGUUAAAAUGUAAGAGAGGGGAUAGUAUUCAAAAAAUAAAGAAGAGUUAUAGGGACUUAUCAAAAAUGUAUCAUCCAGAUAGUAAUAAAGAUUGUAAAGAUUGUGAUAAGAAAUUUAGAGAAAUUACCAAAGCAUAUAAAACAUUAUCAGAUGCUAGAUUGAAGAAGGCAUAUGAUAAUUCACAAGGAAAGGUAUUAAAAAUAAUUGAGUCAAAUAGUGUAAAUUUAAAUUUAAAAAAUUAUACGGAUUUGGUGGAAAAUUCAAAUGAUUUUUGGAUAAUACAGAUUUAUUCAGAUACAGAUAAUUUGUCUUUAUCCUUUUCAAAAAUAUGGGAAGAAUCUUUUGAUAAAUAUAAUGAACAUAUAUCAUUUGGUAGGAUAAAUAUAUUAACUGAUAAAAAAUUAGUAAAGAAUAAAAUUCCAUUUAAUGUUAAGAUAUAUCCAACUAUUUUUAUUUUAUCACCAGAUGGGUCUUAUCAAUUGUAUUCUAAUAUAUUUAAUGCAACGACUAAAGAUUUUCAAAAUUUUAUUAUAAAUUAUUAUCCAAAUUAUAUAUACAAUUUAGUUACAUUCAAUCAGGUCUAUGAUUUUUCAAGGAAGAGUGAUGCUUUAAAUAGUAAAGGAGGUGUACAUAUUGACAAAAAUAAUGAAGUUAUAUUACUUACGAAUAAGAAAAAAUUAAGUUUACAAGCAAAACAUAUAACGUACAAAUUUAAUAGUAUAUAUAAAACCUUUUCUAUUAAAUAUGACGAAAUAAAAGAUAUAAAAAAUGAGACCUUAAAAAAUGAAAUCAUAGAAGCUUUGAAAGUGUUAAGUGUAAAAAAAGAUGAAUAUUUAAAAGAAAAUGAAAAUAUCGAUUAUUUCUUGCUUGUUAAUAAUAUUAAUCAAGUUAAAGUUAUUAGAAGAAUAUCAGCUACUAAUAUUAAAAAUGUGUAUAAUGACGCAUUAAGAAAAAAUUUUGUAGAAAUUAAUUCAACAAAUAUAGAUUCGGUUUGUUCUACUGUUGGCUCUAGACAUAUAUAUUGUUAUGUUAUUAUUGUCGAUAAAUUAAAUAAUGAGCAAACAGUAAAUUAUAUGAAAAAAAUUUAUCAACAUAUAAAUAAUUCGUUUACAACUUUUACUGCCAAAUUAGGUACUGAUGAUAUAGAUGGACAGUUCUUUAUUCAACCAGUUUAUAUAUUAAAAAAUAAUAUUACAAAUAAUUUUAAAAAGUUUGUAAAGGAGAAGUCUAUUACUAUGUAUGAUUCUUUUUUCCUUGAUUAUUCUUCUAACACCUUUGCUCCUAUUAAUGAAAUAAAAAACUUAAGUAAUUACUCUCAAAAGAAGGAGGAUUUAUCUUUUCUUAGCAAUAUUUACAAAGAUAUUGAAAUUUUGAAUUUUGAGAAAAUACCCACGUAUUGUUUACCAGUGAACAUUAAUUGUUUGUAUAAUGUCAAAAGAACAUUUUCUUAUCGACUCUACAAUAUUUUUAGAAGGACAUCAAAAACACAGAUAAUUGUUUCGGCUAUUGUGGGCAUUGUAUUAUAUCCAUCUUUUAAACAAUACGGAAAGAUGAAGUACGUUUUUUUAACCCUCUCUGUAGGUGCCUCUAUUUUUGUAACCAGCAUGAAAGAUUUCUUCCUCUUGUUGGCUAAUUAG